AGCAGCAGGAGCGAGGCGAGGGAGGGAGCAGGGGCCGUGGUGGGGGCUCGGUCCGGGUCUUGCCUUGGCCGCGCAGGGGAGUGCGACUUUUGACUAAUCGGUGAGCGUGGUGGAGAAGUAGCAGCGAGGGCGACGUCGGGCGUGCCAUUCUUCUACUUGUGGGCGCGUUGUCCAUCCUCCUGGUCACUCGCUUCUCUCAGCGAUUCGAGCACAGUGAUUUCGUGGCUGUGCAAGAGGGCAGGAGCAGGAGGAGGAGGAGCAGCAGCAGCAGCAGCGAGCGAGCGAGCAGCUAGGGUAUACAUCUGGUGUUCGUCCGGCGAGCAGAUCGAUCAGUGGGGAGACCGGCAGGCUUAGCGGGGCGCCUACCUCGUCCGAUCGGGCAGUAGAUUGGUCGCAAUAACAAGGAGCUGCGUGAAAUUGUGCGGUUUGUGGCGAGGCGUGUGCCCCCCGAGGUCCUCGGUUAGAGCUCUUGUAAAUAUCGUCUCGAGCGCGGGCGUGCGGCUCGCUUCAUCCUCAAUUCCGACGAGCCUCUGGUCCCAGGCUCUGCACAUUGGAGAUCGUCGGUUGAUGCCGAGGAGCCGAUCGCUCGUUCCGUCCCUCGAGGACUUUUAGAAAAAAUUCCGCCCGGCUGUUGCGAGUCUGGCUUCGAGAGAUCUCAUGCUUGCUGAGAACGCAUGAGAAGCUGGUCCUCCUGACGCAGGUUCAGCUACUGGCGUAGUCGGUCGGGCAUGCAGGGCGACAUCUCUGGGGCUUCCAAUUCCGUCGACGCUCUGCACAGCGUGGACAGGGGUGUACUAGACACCUCUGACUUCGAAUACAUACGGGCCGUUGCGAGUGUUAAGGUGACAACGAUGGUUUCAUCGUCGGCCGCUCUGGCCGAUAUUCCUCCGGUCUAUCUUCUCAUUGGAGGUAUAGGAGGAGUUUUGGUUCUCGGCCUCGCGUUUCUUCUAUGGCGCAAGAGUUCUCAAAGUUCGACCCCAGCUUACCAACCUGUUACCAUGAGGCCAGUGGAUGUUCCGGAAGAGACCGAUGAAGGACCCCAGAAGAAGGUGACGGUUUUUUUCGGAACACAAACCGGAACUGCGGAAACAUUCGCAAAGGCUUUCGCGGAAGAAGGGAAGGCUAGGUAUGAUGGCAAAGUGAACUUCAAAUUGGUGGACUUGGAUGACUAUGCUGCAGAGGACGAAAUAUACGAAGAAAAAUUGAAGAAAGAAAAACUCGCAAUCUUCUGCGUCGCGACAUACGGAGAUGGUGAACCCACGGAUAACGCUGCUCGCUUCUUCAAAUGGUUUACAGAAACUCUUGAGAGCGAGGGUGAAGAGAAGGGGCCCUGGCUCUCUCACAUGGAAUACGCUGUUUUUGGUCUUGGCAACGUCCAAUACGAACAUUUCAACAAGGUAGCGAAAGUGGUCGAUGGGAAGUUGGCCCAUUAUGGUGCCGUACGUCUCGUUGAUGUCGGACUCGGCGACGAUGAUAAGUGUAUUGAAGAUGAUUUUACUGCCUGGAGGGAAGGGCUUUGGCCAAUUUUGGACCUGAAGCUGCUUGACGAAGACGUGCCCUCGACACCUGGAGCCGUAUACACAGCGGCUAUCCCUGAGUAUCGUGUGGAGAUUCAUGAUUCCGACUCUAAGCUGCAUGAAGAAACAUACGAUGCGAAGAUGAAUGGCCAGGCCACUUAUGAUGCUCAGCAUCCCUGCAAGUCGGUUGUCGCUGUCCGUAGAGAGCUCCACACUCCACUAUCUGAUCGGUCUUGCACCCAUCUCGAGUUCGACAUUGCCAAUACUGGAUUAAGAUACGAGGCGGGAGAUCACGUUGGUGUGUACGCAGAGAAUUACAGUGAAUACGUCGAAGAAGCCGCCAGACUUUUAGGGCAUCCGCUGGAUCUUGUUUUCUCCCUUCACACUGAUGAUAAGAUGGGUGAUGCCUUAACCGGAGGAAGUGCUUCUCUUCCUGCUCCGUUUCCUGGACCUAUCACUCUGGAAACGGCCUUGACUCGCUACGCAGACUUGUUGAGUCCACCGAAGAAGGUUACCCUCACAACUUUGGCAGCCUACGCGACGGAUCCAACUGAGAAGGAUCGCUUGAAAUUCCUAGCAUCUCUAAUUGGAAAGGAAGAUUACAAUCAGUACAUCGUGAAGGAUCAGAGGACAUUGCUGGAAGUGAUGUCCGACUUUCCUUCCGUGAAGGUGCCCUUGGGCGUGUUCUUUGCAGCAGUGUCGCCUCGUUUGCAGCCAAGAUUCUACUCAAUCUCUUCAUCUCCAAAGUUUGCCCCCAAGAGGAUACAUGUCACUUGCGCCUUAGUUGUUGGAGCUAGUGCAUCUGGUCGCGUGUAUCGUGGAGUGUGCUCCACUUGGAUGAAGAAUGCUAUAUCAGCCGAAGAGAACCCAGCUAAAGCCACGGCAUCACCGAUCUUUGUGCGAACUUCCAACUUUAGACUCCCUACUGAUCCCCUAACCCCAGUCGUCAUGGUUGGACCGGGUACUGGGUUGGCCCCUUUCCGAGGAUUCCUACAGGAAAGAGCUGCAAUGAUCGAUGAGGGUGAAAAGCUUGGUCCAGCAGUAUUCUUCUUUGGAUGUCGUACGAGGAAGCAGGACUACAUUUACGAGGAAGAACUUGCCGAAUUCGUCAAGAAAGGUGCUCUAUCUGAGUUGAUCGUUGCCUUCUCUCGGGAAGGAGACGUCAAGGAGUAUGUCCAGCACAAGUUAACGCAGCAGGCGAGUUCAGUAUGGAGUCAUCUCAAGAAUGGAGGAUAUAUGUACGUAUGUGGAGAUGCGAAGGGAAUGGCCAGGGACGUGCAUCGAACUCUGCACACUAUUAUUCAGGAGCAGGAAUCCGUCGAAAGCUCUAAAGCAGAGGCCAUAGUGAAGCAGAUGCAACUGGACGGAAGGUAUCAAAGGGAUGUGUGGUAAGGUCAAUUUCAGACGGCUUCUUUUUGCAAUCGACGAUCAGGUGAAUGCGGAGGACAACAUUUAGAUCACGGAGCGGACCUUCACUUGACAUGUCUUUUUCCUGCAAUCAAGCGAUUGAAGGUUGUACAAACGAAAUGUUUUUUUUUUGUAGCAGUACAAACAUUUCAUUCACUUACUGAAAUGAAAUGAUUGAAUCAUGGAAAAGUAGAGGUAUAUUAUUUACUCAGUAGCUGUGUAAGUCCUCGCUGUUGAAUUGAACAGCAUUAGGACUUGAGAUGGGAGAAUUGCCAGUCAUUGUCUACAACGCAGAUAAAAAUCUGUCGUCAAUGCGGAAAGAGCUGCAAGUCGCUUUGAGGAUUAUUAUCAUAGCCAAGGAUAGGAGUAGAGGAUGGAUUUUAUCCUAAAAAAAACAGGAUUUGGUUUCCAAUUCGCUGGCACCAGUCAAUUGCUCAGGAAUAAAUUUUAGCAGCACGUGGGACCUUCUGUUUAGGAGUUAUGAACUGUAGAUUGGGUAACUGAGUAUCAUACAUUCAGAGUACUAAACCCGCCAACCUGGAAGAUUCCAGAUUUACUGUGGAAGACAUUGACAUUGUGCAAAUUGGCACUUUGUAAUUUUCGAAGAAUUCACUACCUAAACAUUUCGGAGUCU